AUGGCCGCUGGCCCCGCACCCAUCCGUGCCCGCAUCGGUUUGGGGUCCGAGCCCGUACCACUCCCGGACCUUAGCAUUGCCACUGCAUCCGUCCGCGACCUGUUCGCCGCACUUCAGCCACUUGGCAUCUCCGACAUUCGCUGCGUCGUCGCUUCGGGUCACAGCCUCACCGCCGAUGUCGACGGCGACGAACCGCUCGCGGCCUACGUGGCGCCGGGCGGCGUGAUCGCGGUGGUGCGCGUGCUGGGCACUGGUCCCCGGGCAAAGCAUCUCAUCCCACGAGGCUUCCUUCCACGAAACGACUCGCCGCUGGCUGCAAACGACAUCGCCGCCGACAGCAUCGGCUACGAUCUGGUCGUCUCGGGCUACGCCCGUGGCUACGUCCCGAGCCUCGAGCACCGGUCUCUCGAGCGCCUGCUGCGAGCCACGCUGACCACCUGCGGCCCACCGACGGCCACGGCUUCUUCCCGCGGCAUCAUCGCUAUCUUCCAUCUGCAACUCUCUGCACCUGUCGACGAAGACGUGCUUCGCGCCGGCCUGGCCGUGCUCGUCAACGCCCAAACCGUGGACGAGCCACAGAUCGAGAUCGAGUGGAAAGGCGACGAGCUUGCUGUUGUGAGGAUCGAUCUGGAGAUGAUGUCCGAGUCUGCUGGCCCCAUCAUGGUUGUCCUCAAGGCCGAUGCCGCCGCCCUCCACACUGCCCACGACCGGUCGCUGUCGUCGGCGCCACUCCCACCACACAUGCAUAAGACGCGUGGACGUUCGUCGACAAUGUCUGCUGCUGCUGGUGCGAGCUCGGCCUCCUCGCGGGCUCCUCAUGUUCCGUCCGCACGCGAGCUUGCGGCGAGGUCACGGACGGAGUCGGGCUCCACGCCUGACGCCGCCGAUCCCCUGCCGCCACUGCCACCCAUGCUGAAGACCGGACAAGCGACCAAGACGAUCAAGGUUCGGCGGAGGGUGAAGACUCGCAAGAAGAAGCCGUCCAAGGCCAGGGCCAAGACCAAGGGCAAGACGACGGCGACAGCGGCGACGGUGGCGGCAGCGGCGGCGGCAACGACCAAGCCGGGGCCGUCGCAAGCAGCUACGACGCUGCAGCGUAUUGUUGCGCGGAUUCAGGCGUCCAAGCUGUCGUCGUCGGACAGGCCGGUGACCAUGCGCGACAUUGUCCGUGCGCACAUCAUGUCAAAGCGGACGGGAGCGAGCCCGAGCUCCAGCGAGGUGCAUGUCGUGCGGCCGGUGACGCCGCCAACGCCGCUCACGCCAUCAGGCUCGGCCCCGGCGAGGAAGCACCGCAAGGACUCAAAGGGAAGUGCGAUGUGGGGCAUGGUGCGAAGUGCGGUCAAGGCGCGGAAUGAGACACCGCCGAUGCCCGCCAACCACGCCAAGGCCAAGGACCGGAUGCACCGUGGCCUGUACAUUGUCUCGCACGAUUUUGUGAGCUCGUCGCCAUACACGCUCUCUGUGGCCUGCCAGGACGUGCUUGUGGCGCUCUCCAAGCCGUCGGACGGGUGGAUGUUUGUCCGCAACGUGACUGCCGAGUCCAAGUCUGCGGCCGGCUUUGUCCCGCGGGCAUACUGCGUCCCGCUCUCGUAUCCCGUGCCUCGGUUUGCGGCGCUUCCGCCGGUCGUCCCAUCGGAAGAGUCGCUGCAGGCGCUCGUGCUCGAGUCGUCGCGCGGUGAUGUGGAGUUUGAGGCUGGUGACAAAGGCAGCGAGUCGGGCGCCAAGCUCGCGUACUGGCACGAUCCGUUCACGGACGACCACAUCCAGUACUCAAUCUCGGCCAUAUCGCUGGAAGCACUUGUGCGCAAGCUUGUGGCACCGUCUGUGACCAAUCUCGAUCUGUUGCACAUUACGCUCCUCACGCACACCAACUUUGUGCCGACGCUCGAGCUGCUCACGCUCUUUACCGAGUACUGGUACGCGACGCCGGACAUGACCCUAUACUCUGGCAUCCGGACGUUCAAGGAAGUGCACCAGCCUGCGGCGCGGUACAACAUCCUUGCGAUUCUCACACAGUGGCUCCUCGACUACUUUGAGGACUUUGCGUUUGGGGCCGAGGUGGCGAGCCAGUUUCAGGCCUUCCUCACGCGGGCGCUCAAGGUGACCAAGGAGUACGACACGCGGGCCGGGCUCCACGCGCUGUCCAAGCUGUACGAGUCGCGGGUGGCAAGGUAUCCGUCGGAGCGGAUGGCUAACUUUGAGGCCGGGCCGCUCCGGCGUCGGGCCGGCGGGGAGGAUGCGCUCGAUGACGGAGACGGUGACGGCGACGGCGACGAGGCGGCGGCCGAGCCGAUCGGCUCACCGCCGACACCAAUGAUGCCACCUUCGCAACGGAUCACUCGGUUCUCACCGGAUGGAGUCCAUCCACUGGAGGUAGCGCGACAGGUGACACGGGCCGACUUUGCCAUCUUUUGCAAGGUCCGGCGGUCCGAGCUCCUCAAGCAGGCGUGGUGCCGGGAAGGUGCCAGCGAGCGCGCGCCGGCGGUUCUCGAGCUCAUCGAAUCGUUCAACAGGCUUGGAGCACUCCUCGCGACGCUUAUUCUUGUGGAGCCGACGACAGAGAAGCGAGCGCAGGUCAUCUGCUUCUUUAUCGAUGUGGCGGUCCACUGCCUCAACCUGCAAAACUUCAACGCGCUUAUGGGCAUUCUCUCUGGCCUGCAGUCUGCAGCCAUCUCGCGGCUCAAGUACUCGUUUGAGCGACUUCCGGAGGCGUACGUGGAUAAGCUCGAGUCGCUCAACGAGGUGAUGUCGAUGAGCCACAACUAUGCGACGUACCGCAAGACGGUGGUGUCGGCGGAGGCGCCGGCCAUCCCGUACCUUGGGGUGGCGCUUCAGGACCUGACGUUUAUCGAUGACGGCAACGAGUCGCGGGUCGGGCACGCGCGGCUGAUCAACUUUGAGAAGGAGAGGAUGAACGCCGAGGCGAUCGACUCGCUGCUGCGGCUCCGCAAGAACAACUACAAGCUGGCCAAGGUGGACGGAGUGGAGGAGUGGCUCGAGUCGGCGAUCACGUGGGACGAGAAGCAGCAGUAUGCUGUCUCGAAGCAGCUCGAGCCGCGAGCGAUGGAGCCGCCGGCGCCGUCUGAGCGCAAACGCAUCACGUACGCAUCACACGUGGUGCCGCUCAAGGACUCGCAGCUGAAGAAUGUGCUUGUCAUCCAGCUCAUUGGGGCGCGCGAGCUGCCGGCGAUGGACUCGAAUGGCAAGGCCGACCCGUUUGCGACGGUCAUUGUCAACGCCGAGGAGGUCCACAAGACCAAGGUGUGCAAGAAGACGUUGACGCCGGCGUGGCGGGAGACCGCGGUGGUUGCCGGCCCUUUUUCGGCCGACUGCAUUCUCAAAGUCAUUGUCAAGGACUGGGACCGGUUCUCAUCGCCGGACUACAUCGGCGAAGUCGACCUGCUUGUGGCCGACAUUCCGCUCGAGGGCGUGACGCACGAGUACGAGCUCAUCGACCGCUUCUCGUCGGGAACGGCAAGGGUGGGGCGGAUCACCAUGGCGCUCCAUUUCCGGCCGUCAGGCAUGGCAGCAGCAAUGAGCACGAGCUCUGGCAAGGCUGUGGUGCCAGGCGAGGUGGUGGGCGAGGACGGGAGCGGGAAGCGGCCCGGGCGCGGAGUGUAUGCCCACGGCGGCAAGCUGCUGGCGGCGGUGGUGGGCGUGGUGGGCGAGAGCGACGACGGCGAGGUGUGGGUGACGUCUGCCCGGGCAACCGCAGGCCUUGUCCCGCGGAUCGGCUCGCUGGUCACUGGGCGAGUGCUCAAGGUGACACCCCGUAUGGCGCGGCUCGAGCUGCUCUGUCUCGAUGGCAAGGCUCUGCCCGAGGGCGCAUCGUUCUCGGGCGUCAUCCGGGCCCAGGACGUGCGGGCGACCAUGGUCGACUCAGUGGAGAUGUACAAGGCCUUCCGGCCGGGCGACAUUGUGGUCGCCGCGGUGCUCUCGCUCGGCGACAAGCGCUCGUAUCAGCUCACGACCGCGCGCAACGAGCUUGGCGUCGUCUUUGCCCGCUCGGUCGUCGGGGCAGCCAUGGUGCCCAUCUCCUGGGAGGAGAUGCAGUGCCCCAAGACCAACAUGGUUGAGUUCCGCAAGGUCGCAAAGGUCGACGAUGUUGAGACGAGCGAGACAAAGGCCGAGGCUGAGGCGGCCGCGGCGCCCGUGCUGAUGGACGAUUCGGCAUAGUGCUCGUUUAACCCCCCUACUACUUGCGCCGUCUCUGCUGGCGGGCGAGAUCGAGGGUGGAUUGUAAACAUGGGUG